UCAGAAUUUGUACAGAGACUACCAAAUCUGGAGAAACUAGAUUUAAACUGUGUGUAUGAAUUGGAAUAUGUGUUUAGAUGCGAAGGGUUCGAGCCAGAACAAUCAAAAUUGAGGGAGAUGCAUUUGCUGUGUCUAAAAGCACCAAGAAACAUAUGUAAUGGUCCUGCUCCACAUGCAAUGUUCCAGAGUCUUAAGAUUUUGACGAUUUACCGUUGCGAGCUGCUGCAAAGUCUGUUUGCAUCUGAUGUAGCUGAGUGUCUUGUUGAAUUGGAAGACCUUCUUGUAGAGUGGUGUCCUUUGUUGGAAAGAGUAAUGGAAGCAGUGAACAAGGAGAAGACGGUUCUACCAAAAUUGAAGAACUUGGUUUUGAAGGAACUUCCUUUGUUGUAUGGUGCAAGUGGUGCUGUUGACAUUGAGUGUCCUUCUCUGGAACAAUUGUUUGUGGUGGAUUGCCCCAGUCUUCCAUUUUUAACCUCUUCUGAUCUCUUUGAAGGCUUGGAAAGUAGGAACCAGUUUUCAUUUUCAACCUCCGCUUCUGACUACUUUGGCAGCACGUACCCAGUCCAACUUAAUGAUCUACAAUUGUACGAGCUUUUAAGUGCCAGGCAACAGAGCAUCUAGUUUCCAACAGUGAAGUCUCUCAAAUGGCCGGCUCACUUGCAAUGGUCCCUCGAUCAACUUCUGGCUUCCUGAGCAGGAAGUAACCAAGUUAAACUCUAUUUCUUUGUCAGGGUUGGUCAUCUAGCUGAGGCUGCAAAUCUAAUUGAGAAGCUUUGCUGGAUCGUGUCUUUCAAAACAGCCAGAGAGAUUGUAAAAGCCAUUCGAGGAACCUUAAUUGGAAAGCUCUUUUUACAGUUAUGCUCUGCCUCCUGUUUUGGCCACACCAGUAAGUCUGCGCGUGCAAAGUCUUUUUUGGUUGUUGCGGGCGUGCCACCGCGCGGACGGGAAAAGUAGUGGUUGUAGUAGCGGGGUGCGCUUAGCCUUCUGCUUCUAAUCAAGCGACUGAGGAUGGAGAGAGCACCAACUCUACCGCAGGGUUCUUCAGAUUCGCCUUGCGUACUGGGCAAGGACUUACAGUAGUCCGCCUGAGCGUCACAAUAUCGAUACUCGACGUAGGGUCGAGCAGAGCUUCAAUUGG